GUCAUAGUGUACGUUAAAGAAGACCUGCUCUGGGGCAACAGGUCAGCAGGAUGAACUGAAUGACGCGCUGGAUGAUGUGAUACUGUGAAUUCAGGAGGCUACUGACGAAAGAUUCUGCACUACAACAAGUCUGCAUACACAAACACCCUCCCAUGUCAACACAGAGACACAUUCGGCACCUGUGCAUGCUCUGCAAAUGACAGAAACACAGCAGACCUGCUCACACUAACACAGCAUUCUCCACUGAAGCUCCAGAAUGCAUCUGCUGUUGGUUCUUCCCUUUGUUCUAGAAAUCCAGUCGACAGUCCACAACAUCAGCUGCGACUGUAAUGUGGAACUCAAAACCGCCAACUGUACCGGCAGGAGUUUCAAGCACCUGCCCGCCUCCCUUCCACCCUCUACUGAACACCUGGACCUGUCCCACAACCACCUGAGUGACAUCACGCCCCGUUUUUUCCAGACCGCGCGAAGACUUCGCAUACUUUUUCUAAACGACAAUGUGAUUCGGGUACUGGCCAAUGGGGCCUUCUUCCUUCUGGAAGAUCUGCUGAAACUGGACCUGAGCAGAAACCUAAUCUCCUCCUUGAGCGAAGGCUUUUCGUUGGGUCUCGGGUCUCUCCGUGAGCUGUCGUUGGCAGAAAACAAGUUGACGGUGUUGGACAGCAAUCGUUUCGUCCAUUUGGGCUCAUUACAGAAACUCAACCUGAGCCACAACGGCAUCAAGACCAUCAAGAUGAGAGCUUUCGGAUCCACGAGUACCCUACGCCAGAUAUGUCUGGACUGGAAUAACAUCUCGGUUCUCACAAAUGGGAUCUUCUCGAUGCUGCCCAAUCUCGAGGUGCUGAAUUUACAACAUAACCAGAUUCACUCUUUGGACGAUGGGGCUCUUUCACCGCUGACCAGUCUCGCCUUUCUGGACCUGACCAACAACAAUCUCUCGUCCAUUCAGUUCAAGACCUUCUUGAGUCUAAAUACGUACAGCACACACAUCAUUCUUCGAGGAAACCCGUGGAAGUGUGAUUGUGAUUUGCAGAGAGUGUUUCGAAAGCUUUGUAGUGUCAAGAGGUUGUUUUUAGAUGACUAUGAAGACCUCAGCUGCUCCGAUUUGGAUGAGAUACACGGAUACUCCAUGGGGUUCGACACAGAGCUCUGUGUUGCCGAGAUGGUGACUGUACUUGUUAUCACCCUCAUUGUGUUUAUUACCGUCGUGGGCGCCCUCGUGAUGGCAGAGAAAAAGAAGAAAAAGAAGGUUGAAGAAAAACAUUGGACUGAGGUCAGCGAUAUGUCAUGCACGUCGCAGGACUGAUCGCAUUUAUGAACUAAUAUAAUCGUUAUUUGGAAAACAUACAGUGGUGUGAAGACGUUCAUCAGCACUUCUUAAAGUUUGGUUAUGAGCUGUUCAAAUGUCGAAAGAAAA